AUGAGGUACGCCGUGCUCGUGACUGGUCCAGCAGGAGCUGGUAAAUCUACCUUUUGUGCUUCCCUCAUCACUCACGCUCAAACCCUUGGUCGAAGCGUCCAUUUGGUCAACCUCGAUCCGGCUGCCGAACGAUUCGAGUAUGAACCAGCACUGGAUAUACGAGAUUUGAUCAACUUGAAGGAUGUCAUGGAGGAGUUGGAAUUCGGUCCGAACGGAGGAUUGAUCUAUUGCUUCGAAUACCUUUUGAACAAUCUCUACUGGCUGGAAGACGAACUUGGGCCCUACGAAGACGAUUACCUCAUCAUCGAUUGCCCUGGCCAAAUCGAACUCUACACCCAUAUCCCUCUUCUCCCUCGACUCGCGUCGCACUUGUCGACUUCGCUCAACUUCAGAGUCUCCGCUACGUACCUUAUCGACAGUCAAUUCAUGCAGGACAAAUCAAAAUUCUUCGCGGGCGUCAUGUCAGCCAUGAGCUGUAUGUUGAGUCUGGGCAUAAGCAUGGUCUGCAUCAUGUCAAAGAUGGAUCUGGUGAAGGAUAAAAAGGGGAGAUUAAAGAAGGAAGUAGGGAGAUAUCUGGAUCCUGAUCCGGGAUUGAUGUGGGAGGAAAUCAAGGACGACAGUGAUGGUGGAAGUACAGGGAACAGAAAGUUUGAUGCGUUAAAUAGGGCAGUAGUGGGACUGAUCGAGGACCAAAAUCUCGUCUCCUUUCUCCCUCUCGAUGUCACAUCGGAAGAUUCGGUCAACACCAUCCUCAGUCAUAUUGACAACAUGAUGCAAUACGGAGAGGAUGAAGAGCCAAGGAUACCGAAAGAUAUGGAUGAUGGGGACUUUGACGCUGACUAG